AUGUCUACCCUCGAUUCUCUAGCACCCGAACUUAUCCAGCGAAUCGUUACAGAGUUGGGGAACAAUGUAACGGAUUUGCGCCUCGUUUGCAAAAGGAUGAGCAGCGUACUCGAAUCACACGUCCUCGGAUCGAUUACUAUCGACAUUACGAAGCUUCGACUUGAUGUUGGCAUAUCGCAACUUACGACGCUGGCAACGCAGGGCAAUCACACUGCGACAGCCACACAUGAUCUGCACAUCCGUAAUCUCUGUCCUUUGAAGGACCCAUUCGAUCGCUCGCCUACUUGGGUGCUUGACCCAGUUACGGAGAAAUGGGGGGAGAAGCCGCCCACUCCAUGCCCACCCGAGGGGAAGAUCGCCGAGGAAAAGAUGCAGGCCAUGCUUCAGGUGGCUAUCGCCUCCUUAAGCAACUUGCGAACCCUUAAGUAUGAUUCAGAGUGGACGCCAAAAGCGGUCAUGAAUGCAGUCAAAACUCUUCCCCUCCUUGAAUCCUUAGAGUUGAUUGUAGGAAGUUCUAACACAGCAGACCUCCAGCUACAAUCUCUACGUAAUCUGCAGAGCCUCAUGAUAUCUGCGCCCAACAACGAUUACUUCAUGAAUAUCAUUGAACCCAUCUCGCUCUUGGUUGCGAAAUCGCCAAACCUUCACACCCUUCAUGUGGGACCUACAUACGGUCCAGCUGCAUCCCUUCAUCAACUUUUAAGGCAUUGCCGUCCAAACCUCGUCUUACCGCUAAAGCACCUGGGCUUGCAGGGUGUCUCAGUGAAGCUCGACAGCAUAACACUUCCUCAUUUUCGCCGCCUAACCUCUUUGACGCUACACCAUUACACGACAUCAGAGUCUGAUUCAGACAGGGCGUGUGUUGACAAGGCAGAAAGCUCGCGUCCAGACGAAAUAUGGGCGAUGUUGAAGACGACCGAUGUCCGUCUGACCGGCAUUGAUGUGAAUCAGAUCCCUACCUCCCUUCUCGAUUAUAUCUCAUCGUACUCGGGGUUGAAGAAACUGCGUCUGGCACGUAUAGACUUUGAGACUCAGGAACAAUCUGAUCUUGCCGCCAUCCAAUUUUAUAACACUUGUUUAGACAAGCAUACGAGCUCUCUCGAAGAACUCGUCGUUAAGGCUGAGUAUGAAGGAGGAUGGUGCCUCGGGGAUGAAGCUCUCGUGGUGAUCUCGCUAUGCAAGAAGUUGAAGAUUCUUGAGGGUUGCCUCGUUUCGGCAGCCCUCGCUGACGCUGUGAAGUCGUUGAUCGACCUUACCACCCAACUUCCUCGCAUGGAGAAACUGACCGUUCAUCCUGCGGACCUGGAGGCGUUCCGUUCGUAUAUGUGCGGUUACCUUUCAAUGGCCCAUUCUGAGGACGUGACGACGCGGCUCUCAAAAUGCAUCGGAGAAUACGAAGUAAAUGAAUUUUCCAAUCCCGUUCCCUUGAUUCUCGUAGACUCAAAGAAAUUUAUGAUGACGCCGAGUGAAGGUGCUGGUGGAGCGUUGAGGUAUCGGUGCGACUCUAUGGCCUCACCAAAAAAACAUCGCGGUGUUCACGGAAUUAUGCAAACGGCAGUACUUGACUCAACAAUGUUCCUCCAACUUUUAUUAGACCAUGAUCAUGUCUACCCUCGAUUCCCUAGCGCCGGAACUUAUCCAGCGAAUCGGUGCAGAGCGUACUCGAAUCGCACAUUCUCCGAUCGAUUGCCAUUGACAUUACAAAGCCUCGACUUGAUGUUGGCAUAUCACAACUCACGACGCUGGCGACGCAGGGCAAUUACGCAGCGACAGACACAUGAUCUGCACAUCCGUAAUCUCUGUCCUUCGAAGGACCCAUCCGAAUACAGAGGAACGGGUCGAGCGACCGCCCGCUUCAUACCUUCUGGAAGUGAAGAUUGCCGAGGAAAAGAUGCAGGCCAUGCUUCAGGUGGCCAUCGCCUCUUUAAGCUUGCUUUAAGCAACUUGCGAAGUCUCAAAUGGAACAUUGGUGAAUACGAUUCAAAGUGGACGCCAACAUGUCGGAAAAACCCGGGAAGCCUUAUAAGGCAGAUUACUGAUGGAGGUCGCCCUGGCAUGGAGGGCAGGUUUUCAACUCUGCUCAGGAAGACCUGUACCGCCAAUUUUCUUCGGGCGACGAAAUGA